AUGAAGAACGAUCGACGUAUGUAUUCAUUGGCUGAGACGCAUCUUCGAGUGGAUCUGCAUCAUUGCGGAACAAGAUGGAAGAAAGCCGAAGACACCUAUUGUACGUAUCCAUCGUUCAUAGUUCACGACGCGGCAUCGCAGUACGCAGUUGAGAUUGUACAGCCAUGUGCAGGAUCGGAGCAUGAUUAUGAGGACGGAUGGCUGAGAUGGGAUCAGCAAAUCGGCCCUAAGUUCUCAGCGUUUGAUAGCCCCGAUUCUCACUGUGCUCGACUCUUCCGUAAUACGGGUUGGUGGUACGAUACGGAAAAUCAUUGUGGAUCAGCCGAUUUGAACGGUAGUCCGUAUAAUUGUUCGAAUAAACCAUCGAUCGGUGACUUGAUUCACUACAUGAAAUGGAAC